AUGUCCAGGGUCAGAAAGCGGUGGCUGUACCUGCGCAAGGGCCCACCGUCCGGACCCACCAGGAGCUUCCCGGAAGCUCUGGGUGAAGUCCCUGCGGGACACGGGAAACCGCGAGAUGAACCUGGGAUCCUUCGCGAGGGCCGUGGUGGCGUCACUGGGCAUGCGCAGGGCCUCGCCAAGGCCGGCAAAGAGCCGGUGCGCCUGUGCGCGCCGGGGUCGCCCCGGGUGGUGGGCUAG